CCAUGGACACAGAGCAGACAGGACGGAUGGACGCCGCUGGUCACUGGCAUCGCUGCCAUCUUCUGGUUAUGGAACCAACACUCCCAGCUCAACAGUCUCAUCAUCCUGCUCAUCUCAGGAGAAGCUGCACCAGCUGCCAUUUCAGCCGACAGCGGACGAGCUGCACUUCCUGACCAAGCACUUCAGCACCGAGAACAUCACCGAUGAGGAAGGCCGCCAGUCUCCAGCCAUGCGUCCCCGCUCCCGCAGCCUCAGUCCUGGCCGUUCGCCAAUCUCAUAUGAUGGAGAGAUAGUAAUGAUGAACCACGUCUACAAGGAGCGGUUCCCUAAGGCCACGGCUCAGAUGGAGGAGAGGCUGGCGGACUUCAUCACCAGCAAUGCCCCUGAGAAUAUCCUGCCCCUGGGCGAUGGGGUCCUGAGUUUCAUCCAUCAUCAGGUGAUCGAACUGGCCCGCGACUGCCUGGGCAAAUCCCGCGACGGGCUGAUCACUUCCCGCUACUUCUAUGAGCUGCAGGAGAACCUGGAGAAGCUGCUGCAGGAUGCCCACGAGCGAUCCGAGAGCUCAGACGUCACAUUCGUGACCCAACUGGUAAAGAAACUAAUGAUCAUCAUCGCCCGGCCGGCCCGACUCCUGGAGUGUCUGGAGUAUGACCCGGAGGCAUUCUACCAUCUCCUGGAGGCAGCAGAAGGCCAUGCCAAGGAAGGAGGAGGCAUCAAAUCUGACAUCCCCCGCUACAUCAUCAGCCAACUGGGGCUCAACAGGGAUCCCCUGGAGGUGUUUAAAAGUUUGUGGACUGUUGAUUAUGUGGAAAUAAGGACAGGAGCGUCUUCGGGGCCCGUAGUGCUGCUGCAUUGGCCGCACCGCACAGACCAUCCUACAUCUGCUUCUGUCUUUCCACUAGAUGAGAUUGCAUGGCCGGACGGGGAGGAUGCUCUGCCGGGCGACGCUCAGGAUCUCAUCUCCAGGCUUCUCCACCAGAGCCCACUGGAGCGUUUGGGGACAGGAGGAGCCUACGAGGUGAAGCAGCAUGGUUUCUUCAAGGAUCUGGACUGGAACGGGCUACUCCGGCAGAAGGCAGAAUUCAUUCCCCAGCUGGAAUCGGAGGACGACACCAGUUACUUUGACACUCGCUCUGAGCGCUAUCAACAUGUGGACUCUGAGGAGGAGGAUGACACCAAUGAUGAAGAUUGCGUGGAGAUUAGGCAGUUUUCCUCCUGCUCCCCGAGAUACAGCAAGGUCUACAGCAGCAUGGAGCGUCUGUCUAUCCAUGAAGAGAAGACCACCCCACCUACAAAGCGCAGUCUCAGUGAGGAAAAGGAUGAUAAACUGGAUUGCCUGGGUGGUCUUAAGAACAGAGACCGAGGCUGGGUCCUUGGAUCCCCCGAAAUACUCCGCAAGCGCCUGUCUGCCUCAGAGUCAUCACAUACAGAAAGUGACUCCAGCCCUCCCCUCACGGCACGCCGGCGCUGCUCUGCUCUGGUGGACAUGCCACGCUUUGCCAUCUCCGCAGAAGAGGAGCCACGCUCUCAGAAGAAACUACUUCAAGACGUUUUAUCAUCCACACCAUUUUCCCGAGAAGGAUCUGUCCUUCUGCAGCCAGUGGAGAGGGAGCUGAAACUAGAUGAAGAGCUGGCACCAAACACGCCAUCAUCGACCAUCAGUAACAGCAGCUCCACCACAUUGACUGCUGGCAGCACAGCCGACUUCUCUGACAUAAUCACCAUGGACACCCCGGAUGCCACCGCUCCAAAAGCCACUAGUGAUCUGGCUGUUCGGAGAGCCCGUCACCGUCUGCUUUCAGGAGACUCCAUUGAAAAGCGCACCUCUCGUCCGGUCAAUAAAGUCGUUAAGUCCGCCUCUGCCACCGCCCUGUCACUGAUGAUACCUUCCGAUCACCAUUCGUGUUCUCCUCUGGUGAGCCCCAUGUCUCCGCAUUCUCUGUCCUCCAACCCAUCGUCACGUGACUCGUCUCCAAGCAGAGAUUUCUCCCCGGCUGUCUCCCACCUGAAGCCUCCAAUACUCAUCCAUCGGGCAGGGAAGAAGUAUGGAUUCACCCUGAGAGCCAUCAGAGUCUACAUGGGAGAGAGUGACGUGUACACCGUCCACCAUAUGGUCUGGAACGUGGAAGACGAUGGUCCCGCUCACGAGGCAGGCCUACGAGAAGGCGACCUGAUCACUCAUGUGAAUGGAGAGCCUGUCCAUGGACUGGUCCAUACUGAAGUGGUGGAGCUGAUCCUAAAGAGUGGCAGUAAAGUUUCCAUAUCCACCACCCCCUUUGAAAACACUUCAAUCAAAGUCGGACCAGCUCGGAAAGCGAGUCACAAGGCAAAAAUGGCGCGACGCAACAAGAAGGUGACAAAAGAAGGGCAGGAGAGUAAGAAGAAGUGUUCCCUGUUCCGGAAGAUUGCAAAACAAGCGUCCCUCCUCCACACCAGCCGCAGCCUGUCUUCCCUCAACCGUUCACUGUCAUCUGGAGAAAGCGUCCCGGGAUCUCCCACCCAUGCCCUGUCUCCUCGCUCGCCAACCCAAAGCUACAGGUCAACCCCAGACUCUGCACACUCAGUUGGUGGCAAUUCAUCCCAGAGCAGUUCUCCAAGCUCCAGUGUGCCCAAUUCCCCUGCCAGCUCCGGGCACAUCCGGCCCAGCUCUCUGCAUGGGCUGGCACCAAAGCUUCAGCGGCAGUACCGGUCCCCGAGGAGGAAAUCUGCUGGGAAUAUACCACUCUCCCCUUUGGCACAUACACCUUCACCUACAUCCCAGUCCACCUCCCCACCGCGCUCUCCCUCACCGUUACCCGGGCACAGCCUUGGUAACUGUAACCUUCUUCAGUCAUUUCCGGUUAAGCUGCAUUCCUCACCACCACUUGUCCGACAGAUUUCAAGACCAAAGAGCGCAGAACCUCCCCGGUCUCCUCUGCUGAAAAGGGUCCAGUCUGCAGAAAAGUUGUCUGGCUCUUUGUCGUUGGAGAAGAAGCUGCCUUCCUCUCGUAAGCACAGCCUGGACAUCUCCCACUCAGACUUUAAGAAAGAGCUGAUACAGAGAGACUUGAGUUUGCAAUGUUUACCAGAGUCCAUGAGUGAGAGCGGAGGGAAGGUCGGACUUGCAGAAAAGGGAACUUUACAGAAACCUUCGCGAAAACUGGGCGCUAUCCGGCAAGACAGGGUGGAGAGGCGAGAGUCUCUGCAAAAGCAGGAGGCCAUACGAGAAGUGGAUUCCUCUGAAGACGAAACUGAUGAUGGGUCCGAGGAUAGUCAGGAUGGAAAGAGACUGGACAGGUCAAAGUUCAGGAACGACCAGGAUUUUGGUUCUGGUUUUGGCAAUGAAAAAGAUUCUUUCCAGACUCGUCCUAAGAGCAGAAGUGAUGAUGAUUACUCCUUCCUUCCCUUCAUCUCCAGGAGCCGAAGUGAACCCAAAACCCCACUUGCACCCACCCCUGAUGCCACCCCAAAUAAAUGGUCAUCCUAUAAGUCUAAAACACUUCCAGAAACUUUCCUGGAGUCAGCUGCCCAAGUACUAAAGCACAAACCCAACAUAAGUGAAGAUACAGAGGUGCUUACUGAACCACUCCAGCUUCUGAGCCAAGAGGGCAGCCAGAAGAGCUGCAGGAAGACAUCUUGUGAUGCCCAACCUGUUGUAUCUCCUCUAAAGCAGCCUGGGACCAACAGCUACCUACCUGUUAAGGAAAGUUUAGAGGUGGCAAAAUCUACUCGGAGUUCCCCAACACAACCAGCAUUUUGUCCUGUAGCUGCUCCUGAAGCCGUGCACUGCUCUGCACCCAAAGAUCUCUGCCCAGCCGAUGUGCAAUACAGCUCUGCGGACAGUGACCACACACAAUGCACUUUAAUGAACAAAGCGAGCACAGGUGACACGGCAGGUGCAGUCUCCUCCAAAGGGUUCAGUGAUGAAGCUGCAGUCUCUUCUCUCCUCCCCACAGUCUCCAAAAGUGUCUUGGGACCAGUAAAGCUCCACAUACCUGGAACAAAGGAAAGUGGAGACAGCGGCUCAAGGCAGAAGAGGCCAGAGAUUUCCCGAUCAGAGUCGUUGCAGGAGAACAUGCGGUCAGUGUGUGCGGAGGGAGCGUUCAGGACAUGCUCAUCCCUGAAUGAGUGCACUGUGGCCGCAGUGUCCCAGCACAGAGACUAUCCACCCCCCGCAAUGAACUCUCAGCAGUCUCCACACUAUGAUUCCUUAGAUCUUCGACAAGUUCAACCAUCAGAGGAUCCCGGGCACCCAGUAGUCUCCGGGCUGGACAAAGAGGAAAGUGAGGCCCAGAGGAGAAGCAAAGUGGCUGCAGAGAGACCCCCAAACUGUAGUUCAUCACAUACAGACACUCUGAGGAAAACAUAGCAUGGGGUCUCCAGACACUCACUCGCUGUAGAUUUCAGUACAGAUUUCCAGAGGGGACUUUGUUUUGUUUUUUCUGAGUUUUCAUGUUGGAAUUUUUGUUUCCAUUGAUAUUUCACCACAUUUCUGUUUACAGGGUUGUGACCUGGUGCUUGUAGUGAUACAGGGUACAUAGUGGCGCCCCCUUGUCAGGAGUGUCAUGUAGCCAUUCAUUUCAAAAUAUUUUGCAAGGACAGGAAAACUUUGUUUACUCCCAUAGGGCGUUCAGGGUCCGAUCUCCCCCAAGGUUUAGUGUAGAUUUAGCACAAUGUAUUUACCCACAGCCGAAUAAGAUGAAACGUCUCCACGUAUAAAACUUUCAUAGAUUGUGCAGAUUUUGAGGAAUUAAGAGUUUCUCUGCGAUGGCGCAAUACUAAAACCACUGCUAGUCACCGGAGUGUCAGUUUUUAACUUUUUAAUCUGUAAGGUACUAUCCAUGUUUACGACUUUUUUAUAGCGUUUAUCUAAGAUGAUCGCUGCUCUUUGUGUGAUGUGUUCAUGUGUGGCCUCUAGAGAGAGACCCUGGUGACUGUGAGAGCCAGUCAGGUGUCCGCACAUGGCUGUAGCGCUGACAUCAGAGUUUACAAAUUUUUGCAGCUGUGCUGUUCCGUGUUCGUCUAUGAAAAGAAUAUAUGAAUGUGCGUAGAACUUAA